GUCACGGGCUGGUUGUGAAUCGAAGGCCAGCGGCCCCACAAUGCCAGGCGGGGGAGCCCCUCUCUCAGCAACGCAGCACAGCAUCACCGCCUCGCCUCACUGAAAAGGACAGAGAGGAGAGAAAUGCAAAGGGAUGUAAGAUGGCAGAGCUACAAAUGCUAUUAGAGGAGGAAAUCCCUGCCGGCAAAAGGGCUCUCGUGGAAAGCUACCAGAACCUCUCCCGCGUUGCGGAAUACUGUGAAAACAAUUAUGUCCAGGCUCAAGACAAGAAGAAGGCCCUGGAGGAGACCAAGGCCUACACCACCCAGUCUCUGGCCAGUGUGGCCUACCAGAUCAAUGCCUUAGCUAACAAUGUGCUGCAGCUGCUGGACAUCCAGGCCUCGCAACUACGACGCAUGGAGUCUUCCAUCAACCACAUCUCCCAGACAGUGGAUAUUCAUAAGGAGAAGGUGGCCCGUCGAGAGAUCGGCAUCCUGACCACAAACAAGAACACCUCUCGCACCCACAAGAUCAUCGCCCCGGGCAACAUGGAGCGGCCGGUGCGCUACAUUCGAAAGCCCAUCGACUACACACUGCUGGAUGAUGUGGGACACGGUGUCAAAUGGCUUAAGGCCAAGCAACAUGGGAAUAACGCAGCGGGACGAGGCGGGACUCUUUCUAGGACCAACCCACCCACACAGAAACCCCCAAGCCCCCCCAUGGCGGGUCGUGGUACCCUGGGGCGUAACACUCCCUACAAGACCCUGGAGCCAGUGAAGCCUCCCGUGGUGCCCAAUGACUACAUGACGAGCCCGGCCCGACUGGGCAGCCAGCACAGCCCCGCACGCACAGCCUCUCUCAACCAGAGGCCCAGGACACACAGUGGCAGCAGCGGUGGCAGUGGCGGCAGGGAGAACAGUGGAGGCAGUGGAGUUGGAAUCCCUCUCGCAGUUCCCACCCCCUCCCCUCCCAGCAUGGGGCAAGUGGCGACCUCCUCGGCCUCAGUGCCUCAGGGCCCGGGACUCGGCCCAAUACCCAUGUCCCAGUUCGGCACCAUCUCCCGCCAGAUCUCCCGUCACAGCUCCUCCACCACCUCCUCGGCCUCCAUGGUGUCGGCCACCGGCACCUACCGCCGCGCGCCCUCUGUCUCCUCCCAGCAGCCACACAUCAAUGGAGGCCCUGCUUACCCACAGAACUCAGUGUCUGUGGCUCCUCCGCCUCCUCCUCCAAUGGUCCAGCUCACCCCACAGAUCCCUUUGACCGGCUUUGUGGCCAGAAUGCAGGAGAGCAUUACAGACAGCCCCGCCCCGCCUCCUCCGCCUCCCCCAGAAGACAUCGGUGUGUUUGAGGAGCCCUCCCCUCCUCCUCCACCUCCACCUGUGGACUACGAGGAAGAGGAGGCAGCCGUGGUUCAUUACAGCGACCCUUACUCUGACGGUGACCCCCAAUGGGCCCCCAAGGCUUAUUUAGAGAAAGUUGUGGCCAUCUAUGACUACAGCAAGGACAAGGAGGAUGAGCUGUCCUUCAUGGAGGGAGCCAUCAUCUACAUCAUCAAGAAAAACGAUGACGGCUGGUUCGAAGGCGUCUGCAAUGGCGUCACCGGACUCUUCCCAGGAAACUACGUCGAGUCGAUCAUGCACUAUGCUGACUAAAAAAAGAAGAAGAAGAAAAAAAACACCCAAAAACAGCACUGCAGUUUACCGUGAACAUGUACAGAUGUAUGCAGUCCAGCGAUUGCAGUCCAUAGAGCUCCCAUUUUGACUGAAGUGCCAUGGUGAAUUUACAAAUGGUUUUUCUUUUGGGGGACUUGUGCUUGCACCAUCUUGUUGUGCUCCCGAUAAAAUGAAGGAAAAAAAAAUAAGCGUUGCACAAAAAAGGGAGGGUGCUGAACCUUUUGGAGACCAUGGGUCUGUUAGUUUACACUGUGGACCAAAGGGAGCAGAAAACAGCCUUUUUGCUACCACUGUUCCAUCUGCGGUGGACAGUUGCACCUCUAAAACUUAAACGGUCACAUUUUGCCUCACAAGAAAUUACAUAAAAUCAGAAUAGUUCAAAGGUCCCAUAUUGUAGAAAAUGUAACUUUUUAGUGUUGUUUUUUAAUUAUAAGGCACAUCUUGGUGCUCUAUAUAUACUCUUACAGUAUAAAAACGCUCAACCCUCAGAGAAAUGUACGCAGCACGUAUUCACAUCAGGACUUCCGGAACAUUGUGAUGUCACACUGUACAGUCACCACUCUCAGCCAUGCCCCCAGUAUGAUCGUGGUUGCAAGACCACCGGCAGAGCUGAUGUAGCAUCAUAGAUAGUGGGUGGUGCCCUGCUCAGGCCUGUGAAACCUGACCAAUCAGAGCAGACUGGGCUUUUCAAGAGGGAGGCCUUAAAAAGAUGGGCACUAAAACAGAAGAUGAAAAAUAAUGUUUUUUGAACAUUAAAGUAUGUAAACAUCUCGUAGGUAUCCAAAAUCAAGUAUAGUGGGACCAUUUUAAGGAAUUAGUUCAUUAUGUGUAACCAACAUUUCCAGUAUUUCCAGUAUGCAGUAAAUCUAGUGAAGUAUUCCUGCAAGUUCAUGAACACAUGAGGCAGAGUAGCAUUGUUAUGAUUAAAUGCUGCACAAACUCUCUUGCCCCUUUAUUUGCACUGUAGACCAGCAGACCGACCCUUCCCUCCUGUCAAAAAACAUCCAUCUUACCUUAUCAAAAACAACAACAACAAAAAAGGACAAACAUCAACAAGUGCAUUAGGACACGACUGAAUGUUCAAUGCCGUCGAUGUCCAAAUCACACAAGAUGUUUAUGAGGGAACAAAAAGCUAUUUACUAUGCUCUGUGUCGGCUGUUAAAAAGGGUAAACCGAGUGUAUAGAAUGCAUUACAAAAAAAAAAAAAAAAAUGACAACAGUUUCUUCUUUCUGGUGGAGUUUCCUUUCUGUUCUCUAACUUGUAUAUAAAGUGUAACGUGAGAAGCUGCCAGUACAGUACAUUUGUCAGUUAGUGUGUUUCACCUGUGAGUCUCCAUCAGCGUCAGUGGAGGUGAUGCCAAGACCGGAUGGUGUUUUUUUUUUUCAAAAUGUAUUUGUUUUUUAUUUUUACUUGAAUAUUAAUUUUAUUCAUCACUCACAGUGCCAUUUUAACUUGGGCAAAGUGGCCGUGUAUAAACAUUUAUUUUUCUAUGUUGAGUCACGACUAUUAUCAUUUUGAUCAUGAUAUGUGGUGAUGCUGUCCAGCCACUGUAGCAGAGCUCUGAGAUGGAAGCAGAGGAAGGACUAACUUGUAUGUUUUAAUGUUGUUUUUCCAUUGUGUCGAAAAUAGCUGCACUGAUGAUUAGUUGUGAACGACUGUGAUGAACUUACGAAUACCGUCAUGGCUUUGAUUUGCUAUCCAGAAGUACCGACUAACCUUUACACUUGUCGUCUCUUCUCUCAGUGGUUGCUGGUGUGGUGCUUUACAUUGGUGCUCAAUAACCAUAAUCACCAAGCCAAACAACCUCAAAACUAAACUGGUUUAUAUACUGUAGUUGUUUUUUAGACUUGUUACCUUGUUCCACAGGGUGAACAACCAUCAGAUUUGAUUGUAAUUGUCUUCAAUCACAUGUGCAUUUUAGUGAAUGUAGGCAACUCGGCAGUAAUGUACUAAAGUUAGAUUCAGUCUGCUGCUUACAAUAUGUUUGUCUAUUAACACACAGAUAAGUCUGUGCUACAUAUGAAUGGCAGCUGCUAGCUGCAGUGAGGGAAUGAAUUGCAAUCCCAAGGUCUUAAAUCAGCGCUGACGUGUGAAGACUUCUGUUGUGAUUUCUGCAAAAUGAGAUGCCUGCUCUUACAAAGUUGAUUGUCGGUGCGGUAAAACCUGCUGUCAAAUGUUUAUCUCAGCAUCCGUGUUCGUAACAAGCCACAAAAAACAUAAUCAAAUGUACUUGGGGGUGUAACAGGCAUUGAAGAAGAACUUUUAUUUUGAAAUGGAUACAGACUUCCUCGUGCUGUGAGGGGAACGUGAUCCAGAGGUGACUCAAAUGAACAGUAUUCAUUCAGCCUCUGUGCAUGAAAGUAUCUACACAUCAUUACAGUGAAUGAUCUGCCACUACAUCCCAUUCUUGAUUGUAUUUUUUCCAUCAUGACGUCAUUUUUUUGUGAGGAAACUUUUUUCUACCUAACGUAUUUCUAGCUUUUGCGUCGUUUAUGUGUCAGAGACUGCUGAAGGAAGGUUCGCUAGCAGUUUGUAUGUAAAGGAUUAAUUUAUACUUUUUUCAUAGAGAAAUCAUGAGACAACCACUGAUGUGCAGAGAACUUUGUAAUGUUUACCACUUAACGUCUAGCAUUUCAGGGCAUCACAGGUCAAGGCGCCUUUCUUUGAUGUGUGCUUUCUUAAUGAUGAAACAUGGGGGGAGGCGAGGGUGGUGGUGGUGGUAGUGGUCGGGGGGGGGGGGGGGGGGUCAGUAACUUAAAUGUUCAUGGGAUCAGAAUCCAAUAUUUGUCUUCUCCUCUCAGUUUGUACAUAGGAUGUGUUCAUUGAAAUUUAUGUACAGUCUUUUUGUAAUAAACAGCUCAUUGA